GUCUGGCAGCUGUAUAAAACUCCCUCUGAGCUCCAGUCUUCACAGAAGUUCACCAGCCCCAGCAAGCAGCAUGACCAGCCAGUCUCAGGGAAUCCAGCAGCUUUUGCAGGCAGAAAAACGUGCCAAGGACAAACUGGAGGAAGCCAAGAAAAGAAAGGGUAAAAGGCUGAAGCAGGCUAAGGAAGAAGCCACAGCCGAGAUAGACCACUACAGACUACAGAGGGAGAAGGAAUUUAGAAACAAGGAAACAAAUGUAAUGGGCUCCCAAGGUAACCUCUCUGCCAAAAUAGAAGAGCAAACAACAGAAGCCAUCCGAAACCUCACAAGCAGCUACCACAGGAACAUGGAGGGCAUGAUGAAAAAGCUCUUGAGCACAAUAUUUGACAUCAGCCCUGAAAUUCACCCAAACUUCAGACCUGCAGUUUAAGAUUCAUUGAUGUGCUGUGUAUGCAAAGCAAAGUAGCCUUCUUUCUUGAUAUAAGCAUAAAUACUUCCUCAUGUAUUGUUUCUG